UCAUUGCCCGCUGGCCCGAGCGGGGCCUUUUCCACUCCAGGCAUCCUCCGUGAAGCUUCCGAGCCGAGAGGACUCGUCGUGCCCCCGAUCCCAGCGCUCUUCCGAGGAGGGACCAGACGGCAGGAUCGCAAGGAUGACUGAGGCCGAAGUGAACCCCAAAGCUUACCCGUUGGCAGAUGCCCAGCUCACCAAAAAGCUGCUGGACCUGGUACAGCAGUCCUGUAACUACAAGCAACUGCGGAAGGGCGCCAACGAAGCCACCAAAACCCUCAACAGAGGCAUCUCGGAGUUCAUCGUGAUGGCUGCCGAUGCUGAGCCCCUAGAGAUCAUCCUCCACCUUCCGCUGCUGUGUGAAGACAAGAACGUCCCCUACGUGUUCGUGCGCUCCAAGCAGGCACUGGGGCGGGCUUGUGGCGUCUCCCGGCCAGUCAUCACGUGCUCCGUCACCAUCAAAGAAGGCUCCCAGCUGAAGCCUCAGAUUCAGUCCGUUCAGCAGUCAAUCGAGAGACUCUUAGUCUAGGCCCGCACCUGCGGCUCAGGUGUCUCUAGGAUCCUACCUGGGAGGGCCGUG